AAGAAAAAUCUUCAUCUCAACGAAAAGAGAAAAAAAAAACAUGUCCACCACCAAAGUCAAAAGCCAAAAGUGCACCUUUUUGGUCAGCUGCACCUUGCACCAUGGCAAAACCGACGAGUACCUCGCCGUCAUGCAGCGGGUGAUAGAAUACUUGUCCAAGGAGGAGCCCGACUUUUUACACAUUGAGAUGAUGCGGGCCGAGGACUCGCCCAACAAGAUCACAUAUCUAGAGCAUUGGGCUAAACCUGUCGAUGCCGUCCUCAAGACCCUUUCAUCCCACCAACAGCUCGGCGAAUAUUUGAAAGCCAUCGAACCACUCUUGGCGGAGAAGAGGCACGUGGAAUUUUUGCAAAGCUUUGGUGGUCCUUGGGCAAGAACGAGAGAUGGUAAUUUUUCCAAAAUGUAAAAAAAAAAAAAGAAACCAAAAAAAAGUGAGAGCAAUGGAUCUUUUAGAUAGACUGGAUAGACAUUAGACUAGUCACCUUGUAAUCUUAGAACAGAAGAGAAAAGCCCCCCUCCCUCCCAAGCCUUUCGUUCAUUACGCC